CGUGGCGCUUUCUAAACGUCCUCGCAAAAGCCACAAACCGGAAGUCGACCUCUCCCUUAAUUUCGUCCACGGUCAUCGUCGCUCGAGCGAAUUAAUUGUCGCAUCGCAAUUUCGCUGACACCGUGUCCCACGACGGUAAACUCACUUUGGUAAACCGAGAACAGCCUUUUUUUCCUGGUCAUUUGACACAGUUUCAAUUUUAGCAACACAGUGGAUUACGUCAACGGUGCACGCCAACUAACCGGACGUGUUCGCGUUUUUUCGGGUGCGAUCAUAAGUUGACUUUACACGAAUAAAUAGCAGUGGUUUGCAAACACCUGUAAGAAACAACUAAUAACAAAGGUACACAAUAAACAGUAGGGUGUAAUCGCACCCCUAAUAAUAUAAAUCCCGAUAACAAACGCAAACAGUGAUCCCACAUGUAACACCAAUAUUCGCAAACGUAAUCCCACGUUCACAGAACCUCUGCGAAUAAAAUUCCUGGCAAGUUGUAAAUUUUGGAAGGACGUAAUAGUCGUCGGCAAACAUUUGCAAUGGCAGUGUAAAGAGAAGGCUAGCAACGGGCACACGGCUGUAGGAACGUUUCCUAGUUAGUCCAAUUCCGUACUUUCGCUCGUCACGAUUAAUUAGCUUAAUUCUGGCUUCCUGUUGUGCGUACCGACGGGGCACCCUACGCCGGUUGCGUGUCACGCCGACAUAACCGGCUGCAUUCCGUCCUCAUAGUUGACGCACGUAUGUUGUCGUCGUCGUAGUCGUAAAAGCAGUCCUGGCAUCUGCCAUGUCUCGAGGAUGAGCGCCGCAGAGACGUCGAUCUGCAUUUCCGUGCUGUGCGUUUACGUGUUCCGGGGCACACCGCCGCCUCGAGACACUGAUCCUGCGGCUUACGCGAAGCAGGCUUCCUUGGAGAUCCUGCCGAGCGGGGAUACACAGACGAAGCCAGUCGGGUCCAGCAUCAUCCUGACAUGCAAAUCGAACGUCGACGACAUCAAGCUCAUCAAGGAUAUGCAAUGGCUCGAUCCACAGAAUCGUACGAUCGAGUCCCUCAACACUUUCUCCGGACACACAAAACCACCGAUGUACACCGAAUUCCACCAGGAUAAGAGCUUGUCGUUGUUCUUCAAUUCGUUGCAAGAGGAACAAGCAGGGAAAUACAGGUGCAAAGCCAAUUAUGCGGACACAAUUGAUCUGCAGAAGUCCGUGACGAUCGAAACCAUAGUGGCGAUCACUUGGGACAAUGCACCCCUCAAUCAAUAUCCCAUUCUGGGAGAUGAUUUCGCUAUUCAGUGUAAAGUGCGGGCAAGACCUUCGCCCUCGGUCGACUGGCUGUACAACGGUGAAUUAAUUAAGACGAACGAGCGCUACAUUAUAGAACCGUAUGCCCUGAAGAUCAAGAACGUUCAAGAAUCUGACGACGGCACCUACACUUGUCGUGCAUCGGUACUGACUACGGGAGAGCUCAAAGAACGAGCUAUUCGAGUCGAGGUGCACGUGCGGCCCACCGUGGAGGAGUUGUCCAGCCCGAACAUAAUCGAAGGGGAAGACGCGAGCAUCCAGUGCAGGGCUCACGGCAAGCCGCCUCCAAAAUUCACAUGGGUGAAAUCGCUGACCCAGCAGAACCUGUCGACCGCGGAGCGGUUCACAGUCGACGCGGACACGGGCGUGUUGACGAUCAAGAACGUGAACCGGGAGGACGCGGGCGAGUACCAGUGCACAGCGACGAACGCGGCGGGCACCGCGAAUACGAACAUCAAGGUGAACGUGAUAGUGAAACCGAAGAUCAUGGAGUUCCUGAACAGCACCGUGGUGCAGGACAAGGAGGCGAGUUUGAUCUGCAAAGCUUUCGGACGACCGCCCCCGCAGGUCACGUUCCGAAAACACACGUCCGAGAAGCCGUACUCGAAGGGUGCGCAGCUCGACGACGACAGGAUCGUCCUGACGAACAGCGCGGACGACAUCACCGGGGAGACUGUGGGUACUCUGACGAUUCGAGAGUCUCUCAGAUCGAAUGACGGCCUUUACGAGUGCAUCGCGCAAAACGCCGGAGGUGAAGCCCGCAGAAACGGUCAUCUGACGGUCGAGUUUCCACCGUCGUUCGCCUCCAUGCCGAACGCGACCGUCUGGUCCUGGGAGCAGAGGCAAGUGAACAUCAGCUGCAUCGCUGAGAGCAUACCGAAUGCCACGAUACGAUGGACCGUGCACGGAGAUCAGAAGAUCGACAACGAUAACAUGAUCAAGCAGCUGGGCAAUGGUCCGUACUCCACGUUGAUGAUCGUACCGCUCGACAAACGGUAUUACACCACUUACAAGUGUAUCGCCUCGAAUGCGCACGGAACGCGGGAGCACAAUAUAGAGCUCAGAGAAGCUACCAAGCCGGGCGAAAUACUGCAGGCGAAGAUGGUGGAGAUCACCGCGACCACCAUCAAGUUCGAGCUGGUUCUACCACCCACUCAACCUGAACUGCCCUUGCGGACCAUCACCGUGCAGUACAAGGAGAGCAGUCAGACUUGGAUGGAGGCUAAGAACAAAACUUGGUCUGUCAACUCCAUGUACGUGCUAGAAGAUUUGAAGCCGCAAACCUCCUACGAGUUCCGAUUCGCAGCCAGGAACGUGGUGGGUCUAGGAAACUGGGGUGGUUAUCACUCGCAGAUGACGCCCGUCAGGACAUUCCCGAACGAACCAAAGAUCAUAACAGCGGGUUCCGAGUACGACGUGUCGAUGUACAACAACCAAUACGAAUUGAGAUGGACGAAACCCGCCGACAACGGGGAACCCAUCGACAUGUACCAAAUCAAAUAUUGCCAGAUACAACGUGUCGCCAGCGAAUGGGAGACGUUAGAAGAGACGUGUCGAACGGAGGAUUUGAGGAGCGCCGGCAGGGUGAGCCAUUGGGUGAAGAACCUUUAUUCGGACAAAUUUUACGUGGUGGAAUUGAAGGCGCACAACGCGAUGGGUUUCAGCAAAGCUGGCUCGGCCAAGUUCAAAACCGCCAGGGGUAUAGACACCACCGUGGUCCACCAUCAAGCACCUCUGAUAUCGAGUGCAGCCAUAAUCGGUAUCGUGAUCGCGGUACUGUUCGUCAUCAUCAUUAUCAUCGACGUAAUUUGCUGUUGCGCGCAUAAAACAGGAAUUAUAUAUUACGUGUGCGAGCGAUCCCGCCGGAAACCAGUGGACGAAGAGGACGCGAAACUCGGCAGUCUUUACGGUUGGCGGUUUCCAUUGCCGUAUUGCGACCAAAAAAUGGCCAAUGUCGCCGGGGUCACGGCCAUCCAAGACUCGGGUAGUGGAAAAAGUACCAUUAGAUUGGUCAGACACACUGCCAUAGACGAGAAGGAGCCGCUGAAGGAAGAGAAGAAGAUCACGCCGAUCAUCGAUUCGGGACUGCGCCGGGAAUCGUCCAUCACCUUCGACGGCAAGAGAUCCGUGUCAAAGACCGGUUUCGUCGGCAAAGACUCAGCCGUCUAGAUAUUCUUCCGGCGUACUAGAUUGUAAAUCACCGUAGAAACGUUGUCUCGAAACGUACGAGGGAACAGAGAGUAUCGCGGUUGUCAGUCUUCUCCCUUUUUCAAACGAUUCGCGCGAAGAUUUGCGCGGGAACGAGAUACGUUUCUCGGGCGCGGCACCGGCCGCCAUCUUGUGGCGAUUCGACGACACAUCGUGCGCCAUUUCCUGCGUCCUUAAGGAUAUGGCAGAUGUUAGCUAUCGUAACUUCUGCACUUCGCCAAAUUCGUUCGGUACAAACACGAUUCUACCCCCACGAUUCUGUAGCUAUUUUGUAACCCGGACUUCAAAAUAAACCCCUUUCCCCAGUUUCCCACCAGUGUCCCAAGAUCGUUCUAGGAGCAAAGAAUCUAUCGAUGUUGAUGUAACUUAGCGAAUGUUGCCAAGGAGGGAUGUUUAGAUAGAUCGCUUUCACACCGAGGAGAAAUUGUACAAAAUUAAUCGCGAAAUUGGUAGAAGUCAGUCGGUAAUUUAGUGGCCAUUGCUUCGAGGCACCCUCUAGAUAAUCGCAGUCUAGUACGCUGGGUAGUACUGUGUUAUCCUUUGCACAGCACGAAACUGGAACAGGGAAAACAGCUUCCUUGUUCAAUCUCGUUUUUCUUCUACGAUAAUUAAGAGAACACCGUGUAACAAGACUUUUACGAUGCACCGUUUACGAGGCAGGUUACGAACGGGAUAGGAACCUUCUGUAACGGUUCCUGUGUACAUAUGACGUUUGAUGGUGUAUUCAUCAAUUGUCGUGGUUCUAAUUCAAUUAUAGCUUGGUCGAAAAUGCGAAGGGUCCGAAAAGCGAUGACAUUCUUAAGAACGGUUGAUCGGGAACCACUGGUGUUUUUUACUGAUUUAGGACCACGCUAUACUUGAGCGAGAAUCACUGAGUGUUUAUAUCAGUGAUGGGCAGAUCUAGGGCUCGUGGGCAAUUAAUGUGCAGUAGUGCAUACACUGUAGGACGAAAGCGACAUUGGCAACUUGAAAAUUUGUGAAUUUGAAGUUUGAAAAAAUUUUUAACGUAGAGGUUUUGAAAUGUGAGAACUCAGAGUUUGGACAUUUGACCUAUUUGAAAUUCGAGGGAUUGGAAACUUGUAAAUUAAAAAAUUCCAGAGUUUGGGAAUCUGAUGUACAAAUUUGUGAAUUUGAAAAUUUGAGAAUCUGGAGAUUAAGAAAUUCAGAGUUUCGACUAUUUCCACUAUUAGCGUAAGAUUGUCCGGAGUGCCAAGUACCCACAGUUAUGAAAACCUAGAAGCCUAGAAAUUUAAGACUAUUUUCAAAUUUUCAAAUUGAGAAAUGAAUCAGUCCGCCAUUAGCACGUUUGCCCAUCACUGCCCUCUACAGUCCACGGCACAGAUACAAGUUAAUUUCCUCAGACAAUUCGAAUUUCUUGUGAUUGUACGACUUUAUUUCAAAGACUGAUUCCUUUAAGAAACUUCAUGGAAAUCGUGUAUCCCCAGUUAUCAUCGACGAUCAAUAACUCAGGUCACACAAGGUUAUUUCGACUCGUUCGCAAUGACAAAAUGCAUUUGCUACGCGUGUUCCUUAAUCAUGAACAAUUUUCUGUUUACUAAAAAAGUGUCUUUGUCGCAGAGCUUUUUGUUCUUUCAAUGUGACUCUUGCCCUCUUGUUCACCGAGCAUGACUAUCGUACAGAACGCGAUUACUUGUGUUCUUUUUCUUAAUUUUGAGAUGGACACAUCUCGUGUGACAUGUUCUUUGUUUACCCGUGAUAUAAUUUAUCGUGAUAGUUUAACGUGUAUGUACAUUUUAUACAAUGUAAAGAUUACGUCGCGUGCGAGAGCAGCCCAAGUGUCUUUUUGACGUUUUACGUUUUCUUAACACUUUGACGAUUGUGUGCAAUUUUGCGUCGUUGUUUUUAUACUUAACAGAGACCUUCGUUCAACUUGCUAGAUUACUCGUUUUCAACUCGCAGUUAGGAUCAGUGUAAAAUUAAAUACGAAAUUUCCGAAUACGUGACAGAGAUCGUCAAAGUGUCAAGUUUAUUAUAUAUCCUCUAAUAUGUAGGUUACCAUGUAAGUAAGAAAAAAAGCAGUUUUUGCGAUGAUCCGAUCAUGUAUGAUUUAACGAGUAUGUCGUCGCGAUCGGAUAAGCAACCCUGAAACGGUAUACUUAAAAUAUAAAACUGUAAGAUACGAUACUUAAGAAAAGGGACUGAAAAGAAAUUUUAUUCGAUGCGUCGAUCGUGAUGACGUAUCAGUGUAUGUCCCAGUUGUAUCUUUUAACAAAUUAGAAGUCUCUCUAAGCAUAUGUGUAUAGUGUAAUCGACAGCAGCGACAUCUUCGAUGGACUCUUUUUCGCUUGAAAUAAAUUGUAAGUUAUAAAUUCUUGCUGACAGUAUAACAAGAGAAGUUUCAUUUCUGGAAUAUUUAAAUAAAAAAAAAGACGGAGAACAAUCGAAAGCUGCCAUAUAUAAAUAUAUAUAUAUAUAUACAUAAAUUAUAUAGUAUUCAAGAAUAUAAAGUACCAGUUUUGUCCUAACGUGUAAGAUGGCUUUUCGAGAAAAAAAAAACAGUUAAAAAUGUGAUAAGUUUUUGUAAAUGCUUGUAAACGUUUUUCCUAAUCUUUAAGGAGUAUUGAAGAUAAUUUUAAGAGAGUUCGGUAAGUUUAGACUGUUGUAUGCGGGUACGGAAAGUGCGUUCGCUGACAAGAAGAACGAACGAGUUCAACUGUGACAGGUUGAAGAAAAAGUUGGUUCUCUUUGUAUUUAUCGUAAUAAGGUUGCUUAAGUGUAUGGCUACAGUAGAAUCUCGAUAUUUUCUUGCGUUAGGAGCUCUAAAAUGGUAACCUUAUCAAACAGGGGCGAUAUUUAUCUUAAUUUAUCUUAUGGUAAAUUUGGAUUUAUUUUUCCAAAAUAUCAAUAUGAUUUUAUUAUAAUUUUCCCCUGUAUUUUCUUUCUAAAGAAGAAGACAGAUAUCCCUAACCCCUUAACACAUGUAUUUAAAGGGACAGUAAGAAAUUAAUGCGUGACAAACUUACGUGAUGAUAAACGUUAAUUGUAAUAGAAAAUAUGAAGGUUCCACUGUACUUAUAACGAGAAGAUUGAAUUAAAAUUAAAACGUAAACGCUUCCUCGCUCGCGAACACACUUUCUGCACCGAGGUAGCUUUUUUACGUACCGUAAACAGAGUUUUGCCAAAUAUAUAGUACUUAUUAGCUUGUAAGUCAAACGAGUACAUUAUUAUACACGAAAAGUAUAUACAGGGUGUUAAGAAGAAAAGGUACCAAGACUUUAGAGGCUUGUGGCAAAAGUCUCGGAUCCUUCUUUUUAAGUCACCCUAUGUACAGGGUGAGUUAUUUGAGGACUCGAGUUAAAGUAUCUUCGAAGUAGUUUUAAAUGCAACUUCGAAAAAAUUUCAACGUAGUCUCAGAUAACUGAUCUUGUAUGUGGAAGGGAAGGAGAGAAAGAUGGUGGAUUGUUCGUCACGAAAGGAUUUCGAAGCUUCACCGAGAUGUUACCAAGAUCUAGUGACUCGGUCGAAGACGAGAAAUCGUCACGUUUAUCUAGCUAUUUUAUAUUCGUUGCCAAAAUCCGUAAUCCAAAUAGCUUCCCACGAAAAGUAUUACUGCGCAUCUUCCAAUUUAAAACGGAAAAGGUUUAAAAAAAAGCAACACUAUUACAAGUUUGUAGGUGUAAGGCAUAUUUUUUAUGUAUGCUUUUUCUGUACGCGUCGAAGAAAACGUACUCGACUUAAUAAAGGAUAAAGAACAUUUUUUAAGGUCGAAUGAUUCGAAGUCUUGCGCGCACCACACGCUUUCUGUUUGUUUAAAACUUUCCUUUAUUCAAACGUUAAUUUCUCGUUACAACCUUCGGAAUAAUAAAACGCACUGUUCGUCGUGUAAAAAAGGAUAUUGCACCAACAGGCAUAUAAAAAGUAAAAGAACUUUGAUUCAAACAGGUAAAA